UUGCUUUGUUCACCUUUGCAGUGCUUUGGGGCCCGAAUGGCGACAUUUACUAGACCGAUAACCUUCCGAAGUACCGGGCCCCACCACGGCUGUCGGGACUUUGAUAACUGAGCAACUUACCUAAAUAGGAAUAGCAUGGUGGGGUCUGGGGUAGGUGCUCCUUAAAAUAGACCUUAGUCCGGUACCUGAAGCCCUUCAGAUGCAUUAGUAGGUACCAAUGCACCUUACCAGCCUACGUAGGGCAGUCUACCUUAUUUCUCGUUUCAUCUUCUUUUUCAAGCACUUGUCCUGAAUUGGAUAUAUCGACCUCUUGCUGACUCAGGACGAGAAUUGCAUCUAGCCAUGGCUUAAUGAGGCUCUUGCGUCAUGAAAUUAGACGUCAUAGGUACCUUGAUGGCCGGAGCUCCAAAAAGGCCGAAAAGGUCAUAAAAAAUUUGAUAACCAUACCUUGUCCGACAUACUUUCUUAUCUACGGGACUCCGACAGCCGCCAGCCCCCUGUGGCUUGAUUUCGCCAUUUUCACGAGAUCUUUCGUCGUUUGCGUAACAAUACAAUAUAUCACCAGCAGGAUUCAGCCACUCCGCCACUGCCGUCCCGUAAUAUACAUCGUAACAUUCAAUCUAGGUACAAGAUUGGACAUGUAUCUAAGUCAGGUACCUAACUACAUGGUAUUGUCGACCUCGACCUCGACCUUGCCCCUGAGCACGCAAUCAGUCUAUAGCGUGCUAUAUUUCUUUUCUAUAUUCUCUUUCGUAUUUAUGUAAUAAUUAAUUAAAUGAUACCAUUCAGCUCUCUUAAGACCGUGGGGCCCUUUUCAAUAUUGCAAACCCCCUAUUUCGAUAUCUGGAAUCGUCGUAGCUCAAUCACACAAAAUCACAACUUAUAUUAUAACAACAUUCCGUUAAUAAUUGGUAUACCCCUUAAUAAGUGGAAUAUAAAUACAGCAACACUGGCUACUUUCUUUCAGGUAGAUAUUUCAGUAAGUCACAGUAUUAUGCUAGUGUCAGGUAUUUCUUGAAUUGACUAGCCAAUAAACCCGAACCCUCCUUGUCGUAUGCUACGUUAUGAACUACGUUUAAUAUACAUUAAGUAUAUUUGACAUGUACCUAAUGAAAACUCUUUCGUGGAGGGUAUAGUUGGUAUAAUAGGUGCUUUGAUUCUAUAACCACUAUGCGAUAUAUGAGGUCGACGGAUGAUGCCAUUAUUUAAAAUAAGAGAAACUAGUCUUCACUAAGUUUCAAACUCAAGUCGAGAC